CAGACCUCAGACUCUUUGUGGCAACGUAACACACACAGUCAUGUGAUGAUAUCACUUCGACCGCAUUGCAAAACACAAGAACUGUCAAUAAAAAGUGACGAAUGGCCACAUAUGUGAAAAGAUGACGAUCGUGACGAUGGCGAUUCCAAAACUUAAUUCCAGAUGUAAUCCUUGAGUUUGAAUGGUACGGAGGUACCGUAGGACCAUGGUAUCAUGGCGUUGUACCGACGCAUUUUCCCCACCGGCCGCGACAAGAAGGGACGGUGGUUUCGCCCGUACCGUUCCCACAAGAAAGACUACAAUUUCUCAUCACCAGAAGUGCUAGCAUCCUAUAAAAGUUGGCAAGCUCCCGAGUUUGACCAGGAGCAGAUCCGGCUCAUUGUAUUCAUCAAAUGUGAUCAGAAGGAACGCAAACUCCUCUUCGACUCCAAAGCCAUCAAGAAAAAUGAAGAAAAGGCGGAGCCCUCGCCUGCUAAGGGAAAUCCGUGCAAGUUUGGCCGACGUUUUGGCGUCAACGCCUCAGGAAAGAAUAGCCCCAUGGAAACUAGGCAGUCGGAGAACACCGGUUCUCCGAACCCCACUGGCGACCCAGCCAACAAAUACACAUGUCUGCGCCCCAGCUCGGACAUCAUUCUUCUGGGAGAAAUGAUGUACGGCUCGGUUGCCAUGGCCUACCGGGGGUCGACGAUCAAAGUUCACACCAUCAAGUCUCCGCUGAAGCUCAUGCUGUCGCAAGUGUUCGUCCUACGACCCAAAGAAAACCUUGAUCAAGAUAGUAUUAGCCUGGCUCCUGUGGAGCUGAUGGUCCCACAGCGUACAGACUGCCCUGCCAGGGAAUCCAUUGCCCACAGUUUACCAGUAGCGGUUCCACCAUCCUCCCCGUACAACAGCAUUGAUGAGGACAGCGGCGUCGUCUCUGGAUCCAGCAGCAGUUUCCUGACCCCGUUCCCGUCGCCGGGCAGCAGCGUGUCCAGCAACCAAUCAAACAGCUUCCACCGACGCUGGAUGCGCAACCAAGUCACCAGCAUGGAGCACGGCGUCCGGCGAAAGUCGUCGCUUGAGACGCUGAUGGUCGAUGAGCCCAUGAACAGAAGACGCCACCCUAAGAUAGGCCUAGGCGUGGUCAUCUCACUGCCAGAGGAGGAGGACCAAGGACGCAGUCGACACUUCCAGACGUUCUUCUUCUCGCACUUCAUGCUCUUUGAGGGCCACUUCCGCCGUCUGUCGCUGGCCGUGGAGAAGGCACUGACCUACCAGAGGAGGACGGUUGUCAUACCCAUCAUUAUGGACGCCCUCGACGAGUUCCGUUCGGCCGUCUAUUCCUUAUACUGCGCCCCCAGGAUCCAGCGGCCCAUCUGGCUCAACAUGAUGACCUAUCAGAUGCAGCGCGGCCACCUGUGCGAGCACCUGAUGCAUGAGCUGGUGGUUGAGCUGGAGUCCCACAACAGCAAGCAGACAAACUUUUUCUUCAGUCGUUUGUUGACAGCCGUACUGAUGUACCAUCUGGCCUGGGUACCGACGGUAGUACCAGCCGAAGCAACGCCUAGCCGGGCCUAUCUGGAUAAACACUCCUCUACCUUGCUGGAUAUGCUCGCAAAGUCGCAUCCCUACAACCCACUCUGGGCCCAACUCGGGGACAUGUUUGGUGCGAUUGGCUACCCUGUCAAGGUGGCCAAGACCAUCGUGGUCGGCCGCCGUGCUGACGUGGUCUGCCGCCUCCUCUACAUCCUCAGCUAUUUCAUCCGCUGCAGCGAGGUUCACGAGAUCCCCGAGCACCGCGAGAAGAUCUACAUGGAGUACGAGGACACGUGGGAGCUUGAAAAGAUUGACCCCAUUCGGGAGAAGACGGAGGAAGGGGUUGAUGAUGCCGUUCCCAGAACGGAGGGAGUGCUGUGCUCAGACUCUGCGGAUAGUGGCCUGGAGAGUUCAUUUGACUCUGGAGGGAGAACAGACAGUCAGGCUUUUCCAAGAACAGAGGCGGGAACUGAAAAGUUUAAGCAAACAGCAAACGCUGAUGAAAAUUCACCUACAGAUGACCUCAAAUUGGUUAGGACAAUUGAAGAGUCUACCUCUGAGAGGGGGGAACAGGAUGCGAAGGCAGAUUCCAACGGGAACGCAGUGAGCGCGGAACGGUGCGACAGCCCCUCAGAAGCUUUGUCUGAUAGACCGUGGAGUGGAACUGACCCCGGGUCAAAGGUCGUAGGCCUAGGAGUGUCUGGACAUGAAGCCACUAGGAGUCUGUCUACCGGCAACUUGGCAGAUACGCUGCCCAUUGAACCGGUCGGAAGGAUAAACAGAUCGGCCUCGGGGGGACUUUACCCCGAUCUGCAGAAGAUCCUGUCCGGGACUGCCGACGAAACUGACAUCGGUAUUUGCAUCUCCAAGUCACCCCAGACGGAGGUGAGAAAACCGCUGCCGGCGGUGUUACUUAACAACAUGGACGUCAUCGUGCCUAAACAGGAGAGCGUUGUCGCGGUUGGGAUUGUCGCUCCAACUGAAAACCAACGGACUACCGGAGUUGCCUCCAUAAAGCUGAAGACUUUUGACGAGGCUUCUCUAGACUCGAAACGAGAGCGCGUGGUGGCUGUCGGCCGGAGUGUGCAGAUAGAGAAUCAAGCUGGACUUAUCUCGGAGCACACUUGUCCGAAUCCUGCUGGCAAAACAAACCCUGAAGGACUGGCAAAGCAUAAGAGUAGGCCAGGCCACGAAAGAUCAUCUCCAACCAAAAGUCCAGAACUACUUCCCGAAGACGACACCGCUGGUCAACUCUCCUUCUCUGAAUCUCAGGAAUCAACAACCACCAAGAUGCAGGCCCCAACCAGCUUGAACUUGUACCCCACAAUUGACCUAGGUAGCGUGAGCAUUGACGCCACGCCUGUGCCUUCAACGGACAACACGGACACGGAAAGCUUAGACGGGACUCCGCCAGUGCCGCGCCGGAACAAGCGCUUCCCGCUCACAAGUCCGCUAGCCCGCGCUUACCAGGAAUCCGUAAUGGCCAAAGAACUGAAGAUUGAAAAAUCUUCAGAUGACUCAAGCGCUAACGAACUCGAUGCAAAAACGCCCACCAAUGAGGAUUUCUCGGGCACCAGAUGGCCGCAAACAGCGUCCGCCGAGAACCAACUUUAUUCCAAAGACAAUUCGGAAAGUGACAGCACACGCCCGGCCGUUGCGCACCGUCCAACGCCCCCGCUAAGGCUGCAGAUAGGUGAAGCACUCUGCGAUGGAGGCAUGGACAGUACAGGGCAGCAAACGACCCCGGUAUGGUCGCCGACCCGCAAGUACCACCGAUGCUUCUCUUAUGGCUCUACCACAUCAUCAGGUUACAGUGACAUGACGCUGACGGAUCAUGAAGAACUCCCAAUAGCCUUUUCGGAGCCAGUCACCCCGGAUACAGACCCCGGCGAAAGCUAUGUGGACAACUUUGGCCGGUCUUUGCUAGGUGGCUACUCCCAGACCUACGUGCCUGACAUGGCUCUUCACGGGGUACCUGAGCUGGAUCGGAAAAAGGUGCUAGCCAACUUGGACCAAGCUUCACAGCACUCAGUUUUAGACGGGGAAAUAGCUGAAGCUGUCUGCAUUGUUGCAGACACCGAUACUUGGACCGUAGAGCUUCUCUCUAGCAAGAGGACCAGCCAGUCUCCCGACAGACCCCUAAGUGCGGAGAUUUCCGCUGCCAAUUGCGUCGGUGACUUGCUGGAGUCCGUGCAGAACAUGUGCAAUCUCAGAAUGCCUUCAGAUUUUUGCCUUAUGCACCUGGAGGACCAACUCCAAGAAGUGUACUUCAAGAGCACGGCGCUAGCGUCGUACCUGGACCAGAACCCUCGGACACGGCCCAAAGAACUCGCGUGUGUCCUGGGCUUGGAUUCGUCGGAUCUGCCGCUCCUACUGAGCGUGGUCAGUGUCCACUCUCCCAACGUCAUCAGGAGCGCGGCGCGUGAGUCGUACGAGAUGAGACAGGAGAGCGGGAAAGGCAAACUGAGCGAUAGCAGUCUCUGAGGGAGUUGGAGGCCGGAAUCAGACUUGUGUCACUGCAAUGCAUUGUGGGAUUGACUUUUUCGCCUUGUCUCUGAGGGAGUGGAGGCCGGAACCAGACUUGUGUCACUGCAAUGCAUUGUGGGAUGGACCCUUUCGUCAGUCUCUGAGGGAGUGGAGGCCGGAACCAGACUUGUGUCACUGCAAUGCAAUGCAUUGUGGGAUUGACCUUUUUGGCAGUCUCUGAGGGACUUGGAGGCCGGAACCAGACUUCCGAAACGGUGCUGCAAUGCAUUGUGGGAUCGACCUUUUCAUCAGGCCGUUAUUUGCUUUAAAAUGUUCUCGAGUUUGACCAGACGCUAAAUGGACAAAAAAAAAACUGCCCUAUGUUUUGUUGUUUCGAAAAAGAUUUGAACAUAAAUUUGACACUGCUAAUGCAAUGCAUUGUUAGAAUGAUGUCCGAGUUGGAAAGAAGCUACCUUUCCAAGCUGUUACUGGACAAAUUUUUAUUACAAACUCUUCAAAAAGUUGUAGUGGGUCUGUACUUACACCGGAACCAGACUCACUAAUGUUGCAUAUUGGGAUUGUGGUCUGUCCGUUUGCCUUUUGCAUUUGCUUUGAACUUUCAAAGAAAGAAAGUACGAAGAAUAAAAGACUGUUAACAAAAGCCUGGUGUUGGUCUGGAUUUAGACCGGAACCGGACUCAUGUAGUGCCGUUGCAGUGCAUCGUGGGAUUGACAUUGGGCCGUUGGUUGGUACACAAGUAAUAAUUGUUCAUGAGUGCAAUGGUAAGAAUAAUUUCAUGAGGUGACAGAUGAAGUGUUCCCUUUCACGAGGCAAACAUUCCAUCUGCCCCCGAUCAAAAUUAUUCUGUCCAUUGCACGAAUCUGAAACAUUCAUUAUUGUUUGAUACUCCCUCAAUAAAUUCCUCGUUAUCUGAUUGGUCAGAGCCACCAAUGGUGUCAUGUGAUCAACAACCCACCAAUCAGAUGACGGGGAUUUAUUCAAACGCUGUAUAAAAUAUCUCAUGUUGGGUUGUAUUCUUGAACAAAAGAAACGUGUCAAGUUAGCUUACUGGACAGUCAAAUUUUUUUAAAUAUAUUUCUUGUCUGGACUAAACAUCCUUUAACUUAACAUUGGAGGAAAAAGAAUUACUGAAUCUUACAGUGUGUACUCCCUUUUUUCUCUUUGAACACCCGUGAAGUUUUAUUGUAAGUAGGAACAUUUACGUGACGAAAAUCUUCCACCGUAGUUAGAGAAUCGAGAUGAAAUAAUCAGAACUUACACAGUUUGUUCGUUUCAUUUUAUUCGCCAAGUGAAUUGAGUCAUUGAACCGAAAAGGAAUCAGUUAAGAAGCGGAUGUCACUAGUUUGUCACGGUGAAAUGUUUUCCGAAAUUAUGGCAAGAUAGUAGAAAUAUUUUGUAUGGAAAAGUUUGAUGUAAAUACACGAAUGUUAUGCUGCAAAAUCAAGAUGAUGCAAAAAAUUCUGGUGUAUAUUUGUAAACAAAAUUUAUUUAUGUGUACAUGUAUGUUCUAGCUGGACCUGUAUGAAGAGGUCUUUAAAUCAAUUACUGAUUUCCCUGCAAAAUGCAGGCUUUUUUUUCACCGGACGAUGUUUUAUUUAGAAUGUAAUAGAACAAAAAUCUGGGGUUUCUUGUAACUGAAGUAAUUUUUUGUUUUUUAGCUUUUGUUCAUUUUAAUUUUGGGGGGGGUUCUUGUUAAAUUGUAAAUAAUUUUGAAGACAGCUGGCUGCCGAUUCAAGUAAUUUGUAAAAAGACGAGAAAUCUUAUAAUUUUGAAUUUUUUUUAAAUUAAAGGAAAAGAAGUUGCGUUUGAUAUUUAAACAAAACAGCAACAGAAAAUCUAAUGCGCACAGUGUGAAAAAUAUAAACUUGGACAUAAUUUGAUUUCUUGAAAAAUGAUUAUUUUCAAGGCCUAAAUAUUUUGUGCUUAUUUAUACUUCUGCAUGAGAGGUUGAUAUUGUUUUUGAUUUUGUGUGUGAUUAACAAAUGAUAAAAUCACUCAAACAAAAAUGAAAAUAAGAACAUUUUUUUGUUGGAGUUACUAUACAGGGUGAGUGAAAAAAAAAAAACAGAAGCCGAAAUGGCAGGACCAAUUUUCGAAUGAAGUUUUACCUGUAGCACUUUCAAAAUCUAGGAUAUGAAAGCCCAAUUAAAGAGCUUUCUUGUAGUACAAUAGUCAUUCAAAUCACUCAUGUACUUUUCAAGUUACGGAAUUUUGAACACAAAUGCCGUUUUAAAGUUCUGUCCACCGAUCACAAAAAAAGUAAAGGUUCUUUCAGCAAAACGAAGCCAUUCUCAUAGGGAUGCAUUUUCGUGUUGUUGAAAAGAACACUUACCGUUUUGGGAUCCGUGGACAGAACUUUAAAACGGUGUUUGUGCUCAAAAUUCUGUAACUUGAAAAGUACACGAGUGAUUUAAACGAUUCUUGUGCUAACAGAAAGCUCAUUGAUUGGGCUUUCAUAUCUCAGAUUUUGAAAGUGCUACAGGCAAAACUUCAUUCAAAAAUUUGUCCUGCCAAUUGGGUUUCGUUUUUUUAAUACUCUUCCUGUGUUACUCUUGCAAUCUUCUGACAAUUUUGUCUUCAAUUUUUUCCUUUUUUUUUUAGGAUUGAGUAAUUGGGGGAAAACCGGGUUUUUUUUCUGUGUAAGAUUUGUAAUACGUAAUUUAUCAGAUUCAAAAUAAUGACAUGUGUAUCAGGUUGCCUGCAAUCAUGAUUUGAGAAAAAAAAAUCAGAAUAAAAGAAAUCUGUAUUGCA